AUGGGAAUCGACUCGAUUGCGAGUCCCCGCAAGGGCAGCAAGCAUGCUCUGGUGAUUCCCGUGUGCUUGCAAGCUCAUAUGGUGAAUAUUUUCAGGCAUGCGGUAGAGCUUGCGAGGAGGGGUGUGACUAUCACUUUUGUGAGUCGAGCCAUGGAUAUUGCCAAGCUUACGGAGCUGGAUCAAGUGCAGCAACUUGACUUCAAUCUGCUCGUUUAUGAGGAUUUCCAACCCUGUGAAGCUUCCGCAGACACCACCGAUAGAUCCAAUCCCUUCACGUGGGUGCUCAAUGCGAGGAAAUUCUUUCAGCCAAUCUUACAGAAGUUGGUGGCUGAUCAGAAGGCAGGGCUUCCUGGACCUACCUGCAUCAUCUCCGACCGGAUUCUGUCCUUUGCGCACGAUGCCGCCCACGAGUUGAAUCUCCCUCACUACCAGUUCUUCAGCUGCGGGGCAAACUGGUCUGCAGUCCUACAAGCUAUCGUCGGCUCUUUGCUGAUGGCACUUUGACCCUGGAACAGGAACCUACGCGAAAGGAUUUCAAGGAGGUAGCACAAUUUGAGGGCCGUCUGGAAUUACGUGGCAUUCCAUCCCUUCGGUGGGAAGAGGUGAUGCAGUUACGCAGCUUCGGUGGAGAAGUCAUGCUGGAGAUGGUAAACAGAACGGAGGAAGCAGAUGGCUUUAUCGUCAGCACAUUCUACGAGCUGGAGGCACCGCCGAUCGACGCAAUACACUCUCCAGGGAAGGUCCGCAAGUUAUUCCUCAUUGGGCCUGUUUCGGCUACUGCCCAAGUCAAGGGCAUGCCCUUCGCGGGGAAGCCCGAUGAUCGAGGAAGAGAUUGCAUGCAAUGGCUCGACAGUCGACCGGCUCGAUCAGUGGUGUACAUCUGCUUUGGCAGCCUGACGCGCUUCAGUCCCGUACAGAUGAGCGAAUUGGCUCUCGCUCUGGAUGCUAGUGACCAAAGUUUCCUUUGGGCUCUUUCACGAGGCGUAAGUGAUGAAGCGUUCUCCAACUUGGAAGAACUUCUGCCUCCAAAUUUUCGAGCACGAACGUCAGGUAGAGGAAUGAUCGUCGAUGGGUGGGUACCACAACAACAAAUUUUAGCUCAUCCUUCGAUCGGAGGCUUUGUGACUCAUCGCGGCUGGAACUCUGUCCUGGAAAGCAUACUUUCCGGCGUGCCGAUGAUCGCUUGGCCUCAGAUGAAUAACGAUCAAUUUAUCAACUGCCAGCACCUGGUAGAUGUGCUGAAAAUCGCUGUCGAAGUCGGGCAAACCACGACCCCAUUUGUCACACCUCCCGUUUCACGCGUGGAGUUGGAGAAGGGGUUGAGGCUUUUAAUGUCUGAGGAGGGAAGUGAAAUGAGGUCCCGUGUUCUGAAGCUGAAGAUGAAAGCUGAAGAAUUAGGCAUUCAGAUUUAUGUUCAGGAUAUUGUAGUAUAGACAGAUGGAACGAGAGUGAAGCUAAGCUAAGCUUAACAGAAAAACUGCCAUUCUCAAAGCGGAGAAAGACCUCUUUCAAGGGUACAACACCGUUAUUAACACUUAAUCUCAAGUAGACAGUUACAUGAACUACACCGUAACAGGGAGGAAGGACUAAGCGAUUGAGAGUUUAAGAUUCUAGGGUUUCGGGUUUAGUAUGUGGAGCGUUCGGAAAAUAGAAGGUUGAGGCGGAUGAGGCGAAGACAAAGAAGUUGGCCUAGCGGAAGAUUUGGAAAAUUCACAGCAGGGGAGUUGAAGUGCGUCGAGGUGGGGAACUGGCAAUACCGUUGGCAGUAAAAUCUACGCAAAGCCGAUGUGAAGAAACUGGCUAGGUUGAGGAUUUGAUGGACGAAUGUUCGCAAUGUCAUUUUAUCCAAUGCAACGAAGUUGAGGCGUAGCGACGUCGAGCUAUUUAUAACUUUUACGGGGCUUAGGUGUAAGUACUCUUCGGGCAGGUUCAAU